AUGACGAAUGAGAUCAAGCUGUUAACCCAAAGAAUGGAAAAUUUUGAGAAACAUCAAAAGAUGCAAGACAACCAGAUAGCCCAGAUAGCCCAAUCCAUCUCAAGCGCACAAGGAACAUUUCCAGGGAAGCCAGAUAUAAACCCAGUGGAACAUUGCAACUGCAUUGAGCUGAGGAGCGGACGUACUGUGGGAGACCCCCAAAUCAUUACUCAGAAGGAACCUGACUCAGAGGAAGAGCCUUCUCCCCUAAUGCCCAAUCAGACCCAGAACAGGGAUGGAGAGGAGAAACUGAUAACCUCCCAGAAGGAUGAAGAGUUCAACCGAUUCUUGAAGAAGAUCAAGGAGAUUUGUGUAAAAGUACCACUGAUAGAUGCACUGCACCAAAUGCCGAAGUUCAUAAAGUUCUUGAAGGGUAUUUUAUCUAACAGGAGGCAGAAGGGCGACUUUGAGACCGUAGCAUUAACAGAGAAUUGUAGCGCUCUACUUAUGGCAAAUACUCCACCAAAACUUUAG